AUUGAGAUGGAGGCUAAGAGUUUAAUCGCAAUAAAAACAACAUUGCAGACUAUGAAAGAAAAACAAAGACAUUAUGCAUGCUUUCUGUCUUUGACUGGCCUAGUUACUAUAAUACUAAGGAUUAUCUUUUAUAUAAACAAAAAAGCACAUUCGUUUAGACAAUCAUUGUCAAUUGCUGCCAUAAAUAUAUAAUCAGCAAGAGUAUCAAGUCCAAAACAAUUGAACUUUGUGUUGCCAAGUCCAUGCAAUUAUCUUAUGGGAAUCGUAUUAUCUUCAAAAAGGGUAAAGUCAACACUUCAAAGCACAACGUUGGCAGGUGCUUUGGAAGGUACAUCAACGAUGGCUUUACUACAUUCAUAGAUGCUAGUUGGGCAUGGACGAUAAUGACAUACUCAUGCCUUUUGAUAGCUUCAUGGACAAUAUAUGCCUCACUUUGGUAUGCAAUGGCUGUUGGUCAUGGAGAUAUUGAGUAUUACAAGAAAUGGAAUGAUGCUGUCGACAGAGAUCAAUUUGAACAAGAUAAUCGCUAUACACCUUGCGUCCGAAACCUUUAUUCAUUCAUGUCUGCUUUUCUUUACUCAAUGGAGACACAGCAAUCGAUUGGUUAUGGAUUUAGGCAUAUAACUGAAGGAUGCAAUGAGGCUCCAGUCCUUUUGGCUACUCAAAGCAUUACUGGAACUCUUCUAACUUGCUUUUUAAUGGGCGGGAUUAUCGCUAAAUUGGCACGCCCAAAAACAAGAGCCCAAAACAUCAUAUUCUCAAAAAAGGCUGUAAUAUCACAUCGCAACGGCAUUCCUUAUCUUAUGUUUCGUGUGGCUGACACUCGAGAAAGUCAUAUUAUUCGUGCAAGUAUAAAAGCUCGAAUUGUUAGAAGAAAAAUGACGGAUGAAGGCGAAUUAAUUGACUUUUACCAACAAGAUUUGAAAUUAACAACAGACGAAUGUGAUGAUCGGGUCUUGCUAAUGUGGCCAACAGUUCUAGCACAUAGAAUUGAUGAAAAAAGUCCAUUGUAUAAUGUUUCAUCGAUUGACUUGUUGCGUGAGAAAUUUGAGAUCAUUGUGAUAUUAGAAGGUGGUGUUGAGUCAACUGGACUCGCUACACAAGCAAGAACUUCCUAUUUAUCAUCAGAGAUUCUUUGGGGUCACCGAUUUCAAAAUAUUGUUACGCAUGAUGAAAAUGCAUCCGAAUAUCAUAUUGACUACAACUUGUUCCAUAACACGAUAUGGGUAGAGACGUCACCAACAUGCUCUCCAAAACAACUCGAGAGAAGCAGAAACUUUAAUGUUAACAUCACUCAAACAUUCAAUAAUGACGAAUUAGUUCUGAAACCAGCAGUUCAUUUAAAUGGAAAUGCCAAAGCUCUGUAA